CGUCCAGCCGAACCAACAAACGAAAAUUAAAAUCAGUAAAUUAAUUCCAAGUACACCAUCCAAAGUGUAUUCCAUCCAACCAAACGAGGUAGAGUUUUUAUUGUGUUAUGUUUGUGUACCUGUUGAACGUCAUCAUGCCAGUCAAGUUCGCGCAACUAGUCAGUACAGUUGAACAAGUUGUUCAGACUGGUCGUGACUUAAGUUCGCCGUAUCAGAAUGGAAAGUUAGAGAAAGUUCGAUUAAAUUGUUUUUGUGUAAAAUUCACAGAGUUUACUUCAAACUAUAUUAACUCAAACGCUAGAAUAAAGUGGAAAUGUCAAAUUCUUCGAUAUGUAAAUCAUCCGUGUACAAAGCAUAUCAAGAUGUUAUCAAUGAUGUGAUAUUAAAUGCUAGAGAACACUUCAUCGAAGAUGGGGUCGAUGAAGCAGUAUUACAAGAACUCAAACAACUAUGGGAAACAAAACUAGCAGCUACAAAGGCAGUGGACGAAAAUAGAGAUGCCGAUAAAGUAAUAAGUCCGAAUAACAAACCAAAGCCGGAAUACAUCAAUCAACAUUAUAUAAAACCACUACCAGCGACUGUUCAUCAGUUGCAAUUGCAACACCAGCAGCAGCAACAGCAGCACCAACAGCAACAACAACAGCAACAACAACAACAGCUAUUGUUAAAUAACAAACAAAUAGUAGGCCAAGUUCCUCCAAAUAAUCACAUGCCUCAGGGUCCCCCCGGUAUCGGUCUUCCAGAAUGGCGUCGAGUUCCUAUCCAGAUAAACAUUCCAUCUCCUGGUUCUGCAGAUGGUCACAGAAUACUCUCUAUAGAUGUGCCUGAGGUCUUCCUCCAAGGCCAUCACCUCAGGUCAAUCCUGACCGGGCAAGCAAUUAGCACAACCAUGAGCUUACCUUUGGCAACUGCUUGUGCUUACCUUCAGGAUCACGUUAACGCUGCUUUCAUAGAACAUCAGCAGAGUUAUUACAACUCUCUAAGCAAUGGUAACCCGCAAAUGCACAAUCAUAUGCAUGAUCGCUUACUUGAAAAUAGAUUAAGAGGUAUACCUCAAGGUGAUGGUCCGGCAGAUUAUUCCUAUGCAUCUUUAACUAACUCUUCAACUAACCCCCCUUCACAAAAAAGUAACAAUAAAAGGUCGAAAGGUAAUAAUUCAGACCCCGUGCUCAACUCCUCUUUCCCAAACGAUCUUGAAGAUCAGUUACUUCUGAAUAGUUUAAGAGGAAUUCCUCAGGGUGAUGGACCUGCUGAUUCCUCGGAUGAUGAUGAUAAAAGUGACGAAGGAUCUGAAGAGAUAGAAGACGACAAAGAAGAGGACGAAAUGGAGGAUGAUCUUACUGGAGAAGCUGAAGACGAACCAUUAAAUUCUGGAGAUGAUGUUUCGGAUGCUGAUGGAACGGAAGAAUCCUUUGAGACUGAAAAUGUGAUAGUAUGCCAGUAUGACAAGAUUACAAGAAGCAGAAAUAGAUGGAAGUUCCACCUGAAAGAUGGCAUCAUGAACUUAAAGGGUGAAGAUUUUAUUUUUCAGAAGGCAAAUGGAGAUGCUGAAUGGUAAUAAGGAAGAAAGCUAGAUAAAUUUUUUAUUUGAUGUUGUGAUUUUUACGAUGGACUCAUUUUAUUUUGUAUUACUAAAUGAAGUGAUUUCUAGUUAACAACCAAAAGUUACCAUACGUGACUGAAUAUUCCCCACAGACAAAAGUGACUAUCCUUGUUGAUAAUCCGACGUAUCAAAAAGAGUCUUUAAGUAUGGGUAUAUUAAUGAUUCAAACUUCAUUGAGUGUGUGUGUGUCAAGUGUCAAGUUUGUGUGUCCUAAAAAUAGGACAUAUUUUAAAACGUAAUUGGUGUAAGGGCUAUAUACACGGGGAGAUACAGGGAGAUAUUAGAUAGAAGUUCAACCACGAUCUGAGUGGUUCUGCUCUUUGCAAUACUGGAAGUUUAAAGGAGGUACUUACUAUUAUUUGUGUUUCAUAUAUUAAUAGUGGCGGAUCUUAAUAUUUAUUAAGAUAAAUUAAAACCAUAAUUAAAACAACGCCAUUUCAAGAUACAACAUUUAUUAACUGUCAUUAUUGGUCGACAGUGACUUAUUACAUUGAGAGUGUCUACUGCCACCUAUGUACGUAAUGAUACAAGUAUCAUAUGUAACAUCCCCCUCUUUAUACAAAGUACUUAUAGCUAAUAUGUAACAAAGUCAUCAAACCUUUGUGGUCGUUUAAUACACCUACCAGGCCUUGAACUUUUAUUCAGGCUUACACCCACGCCUGGAUCAUUGAUAUUACCACUAACAUUUUGCUGUUCCUCAUCUUUGUCAUAACUAUUAUUAUUACAUUCUGUACUUUCACUAUAGUCAAAGUUAUCUGUGCUACAAGAUGGAUUGAUCAAAGUCUCAUUUUUAGUGUGUUUAAGAAAGGAAGAAUUUCUUCUAUACGUGUGACCACUUUGGUCUUGAACAAUAUAUGACCUUGGUGCUGGGUAUUCUUCAACUACUUUUGCCGGUUCCCACGACGUAUCUUCCUUUCUUACUUUCACUAGUACAUUGUCGUUUAAUUGAAAAUUACAUCUUUCCUUAGCCGUUUUGUCAUGAUGAUCUUUUGUUAUCCCUUGCCUCUGUAACCUUUUAUCAUAUACAUUUACAACUUUUGGUUGUAAUAUAUUGUUUGAUACUGGCAAACUUGACCUUAAAACUCUACUACUCAAAAGUUCGGCAGGUGAUACAUUAAAACCACACAAUGGGCUGUUUCUGUACUUUAGCAAAUAAUAAAAAAGAUCAUCAUAAUUUGAACACUUCCUUAACAUUUGUUUGCAAAUACCUACAGCCUUUUCGGCUAAGCCAUUACUUCUGGGAUAUCUUGGACUGGAAAACGAGUAUUCAAUAUUAUAGUAGUUACAAAAUUUUUUGAAUUUAAUACUGUUAUAUGGUACAUUGUCAGACACAAAUUUUCUUGGCAAGCCAUGUGUAGCAAAUACGUUUUUUAGCUGUGAAAUAACUUCACUGAUACUCUUACUUCUUAUUCUAAUGAGCUCAAUCCAAUUACUGUAAUAAUCAAAUAUGACUAAGUAUGACUUUCCACCAAAGUCCAAGAUAUCUGAAGCAACUAUCUCAAAAAGAAGCUUGGGCACUUCAUGACACAUAAGUGGUUCCCUUUCACAGUUUCUACUAUAAGUUUCCAUGUUCGACACUUACUAAUAAAUUCCUGUAUAUCCGAGGACAUACCAAGUCAGUAAAAAAGUUUUCUUGCUUUUGCUUUAGUUUUUCUAUCUCUAAAUGAAUCUUAUGCAGCUGAUUUAACAUAUGCAAUCUAAGAGUUUUAGGAAUGCAAACACGAUCAUUAUAAAAAAUUAUGACAUUCUUGACAAGCAAAUCAUCUUUAAGUUUCGCAAAUUGUUUAAUUUCUGUUGAUUCCGAAAAAUUUUUAUCUGGCCAGCCCUCUGAACAAUACUCUUUUACAACUUUAAAAUCUAGGUCAGCCUUUGUUUUGUUUUUGAUAUCAUGCAACCGAUUUAGUGUUAUUGGAAGAUCUCUUUCAACACAAUGUACUACCUCUGAAAAAUCUAUGUCCUCCUUUACUUUAUCUUUUAUGAAUGAUCUGCUCAACAAGUCAGCAAUGUACAUCUUAUUUCCGGGCAAGUAUUCAAUCUUAAAAUUAUAUUUUAAAACUUUUAGUCGCAUUCUUUGAAGUCGAGAGGUAAUUUUAUUUAUAUCUUUUAACUGAAUUCUUACUAAAGGUUUAUGAUCAGACUGCACUAAAAUAUCCUGACCAUAUACAAACUGAUGAAAUUUUAAAAGACAAAAACACACUGCUAGAUACUCUUUCUCAAUUUGUGCAAACCUACACUCACUCUCAGUCAGUCUUCUGGAACAAAAGCCUAUGGGCUUCCCUUCUUGCAUAAGACAACCCCAAUACCAUUCUGACUUGCAUCAGCUUGUAUAACUAAUGGCAACUUACUAUCAAAAAUUUUUAAGGUCGGCAAGUUGCUUAUUACAGCUUUUAAACUUUGAAACGCACUAUCAUGUUCACUAGUCCAAAGAUAUUCUACAUCUUUUUUGAUUAAAUUUCUUAAUGGUUCAACAAUACUCGAUAAAUUUGGAACAUAUUUUGUUAAAUAAUUUGCCAUUCCUAACAAACUCAACAACUCUUUUUUAUUUUUAGGCACCUCCAAGCUCAAAAUGGCUUUAACAUAACUGUUGUCUGGUUUAACUCCUUCCUUUGAAUAUAUUUGACCUAUGUAUUUAACCUCACCCACCUUAUACUGCAACUUACUUUCUUUCAUUAAACCUAACAUUAUACUUUCUCGCUCUUUCUAACACUUCCAUCAUUAUUUUAUCAUGCUCAUCUACACAACUUCCUGCUACUAUAAUGUCAUCAAAGUAGAUUUGCACUUUUAAAUCACCAAACAUUUUUUCAUUGAUUCUCUGGAAUACUUCUGGGCUAGAAGCCAAGCCAAAAGGCAAGCGUUUAAGUCUGUAUUUACCAAAAAGUGUUAUAAAAGUGCAGAUUUUACUGCUUUCACUAUCGAGUGGAAUAUGGUAAAAACCCUCUUUAUGUCAAGCACUGAAAAUACACACUUACCCUGCAGCUUUGUACCUAUUUCUUCUGAAGUAGGAAUAGGGUGGCUAUCCAAACAAAUGUUUUGAUUAAGAUGAAGAGGAUCUAGACAAAUCCUUAGAGCACCAUUAGGCUUUUCUACACAAACAAUGUUGUUCACCCCACUCUGAGAGUCCAUCAGCUUUCUCUAUUAUUUUGUUUCUUACCAUUUUUUCCAACGUUGCCUUUAAUUUUGUUUUGACUUUAUCUGGCAACCUUCUACAACUGCUUACUACUGGAACAUAGUUAUUUUUUAAGACUAUUUUAUAGACAUAAGGAACUUUACCAGUCCCUUUAAAUACAUCACUGUUAUCAUUAAUAAACUUGUUUUUUAAGUUAUCCGUGCAACUGCCUUGCAACUGUACCUCUUCAACUCUCUUUAUUAAAUUUAAUCGUUUACAAGCAUUUAACCCAAACAAAGGCUUACCUACAUUAUUAACAACAAUGAACUUUAUUUUAUAUUCUUUACGUCUGACAACACACCUAAGAUUUACAUGACCAAUAGCAUUUAGGCUAUUAUUGCCAUAUAUGACAUUAACACAUGAUUUUCAUUAACUAUUUCCUUGCUAGCAUUACAUUUUUUGACAACAUCUAGAGGUAAAACAUUACACUGAGCACCACAAUCUAGCUUUAUAUCCAAAAACUCAUUAUUAACUAAUACAGUUUCAACCCACUCUUUUCCUUUCUUAUUGUAUUGUAACGUGCUAACAUUACCUACCUCUAUCAUGCCUACAAUGUCUUCGUCGCUGCUUUGUUCUACCUCAUGUACAUUUCGUUGAAUAAAUUGCUUAGACCUACUAUAUUGUGAUUUUUUCACUCUACACCAUACAGCAAAAUGGUUAACUUUACCACAUUUAUUACAUACCUUUCCAUAAGCAUAACAAUGUCCCUUGCCAUGGUUGAGACCACAUCUAAAACAGUCAUAGGAUUCCUUACCACUUUUAUUAAACUCUUGUCUCCCAACAGCUUCACUUUGUUUUCUUCCUUCACUUUGUUUUCUUCCUUCACUAAUGAGUUUUUUCUUUAUAACAGCAUCAACUGUUUCUUGACCUUGUAAACUUCUCACCUGAAUUUUUGUUGCUUCUGACGACCUACACAUUUCUUCAGCAGUCUUCAGAUCUAAAUUAUCUUUACUGAGUAACUUUUCUUGCAUAUUCGGGUCGCGAAUGCCCAACACUAUUCUAUCUUUAAUGAGUGACUCUUCUUGAGUGUCAAAAUUACAGGUUUUUGCCAUUACUUUUAAGUCUUUUAAAAAGUUGCCAAAACUUUCACUUUCAGCUUGUGAACCGGAAAAAAUUUAAACCUGUGAUAUGUCACAUUACUACCAUGACACCACAGUGUUUCAAAUUCGUUCGGUUCUGCGCAUGACGUCAAUACGUGACUAGUUAGCUGCGCCAAUUUGAAAUAAACUAUGGAUAACAUGAAGAGUGGAAGCAUUCUGGUAACAAAAUUACGGAUUAUUUAUGUUAAAUUUCUUUUUACGAAACGUAGUGAUAAAGUAAUGGAUAUAAACUUUUGUGAAUUAUGGAUCUAUUGAAGAUAAAAUAGGCAAAUGUGCACUCAAAAUAGUGAUGUUUUCAUUAAAAUUAUUAUCACACUAACGUAAUUAUGACAUUCACCGAAUACAACGAGAAAAACCUUAUUACUACCUACUAAAUUUCAAUACUUUCCGUUAUUAAAAAGGUUUUUCGCAUCUACAUCAGUCCCGUCUUUGAGAGGAUGUGGAAUCUUAUUUUCGUUAGAGGUUUGGUCAUCACAUCUGUAACUUGUUCUGCAGUGGAAAUUUGUGUGAAGGCUUUUUAGUUUGAUCACAAUUUCUUAGGUUAUAUCUUCCUGUUUCCAUAUCUACCGAUUCUUUUAUGGUCAUCUUCACCAUUCUGUGAGAUUAUUUCAGUAUCGAUCUCAUUUUGUUCUAAUUGAGAAAUAGCUAUAUAAUGAUGGUCAUUUUUAGAAUUAUUUUCUAUAAGGAGGUAUUGUAGAGGCCAUUGAACUCAUUUCUGACAACCAGUUUUUCCAAAUGUUUAACCUGUUAUAUAAAUAGCAGAAACAAACAACAACAAAUGACAAAAAUGUCGGGAUCGUCACGUAUUGACGUCACUUGACAUUUGACAGGAGGUGCGUGGUGUCAUAUCUUCGGUUUCAUUAUAUCAUGAUUACUACGUGGUUUACAAUACUGAUCAAAAGCUUCCGUUAUCUUUUUAUAAUCCUUCUUGUCGGCCUCCGAAAGGUUAAGGGUGUUGUACACAUCUAGGGCUUCCUCCCCAGCAGCAGUUAGAAACAGGGCUACUUUUCUUUCAUCAGACUUUUCUUCCAGGCCUGCAGCCAACAAAUACAAAUCAAAUUGUUUGAACUUUUCAUAACUUUUUGCCACGUUUUGGUCAAAAUAAAUGGGUGACGGCAACUUCAAAUCCAUUUUUAGUUUGGUUUAUCUUUCUUUUUAUCGAAACUAUUUCCUUACUUAAAGGCUCCAUUUAGUGUUACAUACCUGACACCAUGUUUCAUAUGUUAAUAGUGGCGGAUCUUAAUAUUUAUUAAGAUAAAUUAAAACUAUAAUUAAAACAACGCCAUUUCAAGAUACAACAUUUAUUAACUGUCAUUAUUGGUUGACAGUGACUACAUUGAGAGUGUCUACUGCCACCUAUGUACGUAAUGAUACAAGUAUCAUAAUAUGUAACAAUUUGUGAAAAAAAUCCACGUGUUUCCUGUGACAUUUUCCUCUGAAAAUUAGAUUUUACAUAUCCAUAGGUCAAGAUAGUAUCGAUUUUAUGAAGAAAAUUUUUUAAAAUUAGAAAAUUUUAUCUUAAAUAAGAAAAUUUAAUUUUAAUUUCUUAAUUUAAAUAAUAUUAAGGUUAAAUUUUCUUCAUAAAAUCGAUAGUAUCCUGUCAUUCUAUGGAUAUGGAAAGACUCAGAAAUUCAUUGCAACACACCAUUUUUGUUUCAUGGAAAAUGCCGGAUUUUUCCACAAAUUGUAAGUACCUCAUCUAACCGUCCAGUAUUGCAAAGGACUCGGAAAAUCGUGGCUGAACUUCUAUUUAAUAUCUUCCCGUUUAAUAUGAUUGUAUUAGUGAAGUAUUCCAAUUCUGAUUAUUUAACGCUCCCAGGUUUAUAUACCUAUGGUCUGUACAGUAUAAUCCCCGAUGUACGUCAUUAUCUACGUCAGAGAUCCAAGUUGACAUUGUUACCAAAUUACAAAAACAUUCCUGAAUUAAUUUUAAAUCAAAUAUAUCACACAAUUAUUGCAAUACGUUAAAACAAUUUAGGCCGCUUGUCUAAUAUAAGAAAGUAAAAUAAAAUUAAAAUAAUAACACUUUUUCCAUCACUUAUUUAUUUUGAAUUGUUUUGUUACAGUUACAACCAGAUUUUCAAAUGUUAAUCGAUCAUUUCUCUUCAGAUUCAUUUAAGUUUCAGUUUUCUGAUCGAUACAUAUGAUGGUGUAUGGUGUUAUAUAAUUUCUGAACAAUGUAAAAAGAGUGUUGUGCUUAAAAGUUACACACUAGUACAUGCUUCUGUUUCUAGAUUUUAGUCUCUCUUAUACUUCAUCUUCUUUUUUCAUCCACCUUGUGUUUUUUAGAAAAACUUUGGUUCAUCAUCAGUUUAAACCUAUAAAAAAUUUAACUUAAUGUUAAUGAUCAUAGAGCCAUAUAGUAUAACAUCAAAUAUAAUUAUACAGGGUGUUUCAUUAAGCAUUGUCCAUAUCGUAACUGGAGAAACCUUAUCACAAAAUACGAAGAUUUAACCCAAAACACUUAAAUAAAAUAUUUCUUCCUUAACGAGAUACAGAGUGUUUUAUUACAAAUGUUCUAAAAUGAUUUUAACCCAUUGUUAGUUAAACCGGGAGCAAUCGCGCCGUUAGAAAAAAUCGUAACAUUUUAUCCUUUUCCGUGAUAACUUGAUGAAAAAUUUUGCAAAAUAACUUUCCACUCGUAAGUGCCUCGAGGAAGAUUGUAGUAAUGCAUGGACAUUUCUUUUUAACUUUUUUUAUUUUUUUUAUUUUUAAAUUUUUUUGUGUGGAAUUUAUGGCUUUGGUGAGAACCAAUUAGCUUUAAAAUUGUUAGAAAUAGAUAUUUUUCUACAACCACUAUUCAAAGUGCACUUUUCUGCACAGUUUUAUGUUAACAAAAUUGAUAUUUUCUCAGAGUAUAAGAUUUAUGACAUUACAUUCUACAAUAAAAUCAUAAAUAUAAUUAUAACAUGUUUAAAUGAUAUGGUUUUAUUUAAGAUAUUAGAUUUGAUAGUGCUUUUCAAAAAAGAACCGAUUUAACUCAUGUCCGAGAAAUCUGAAAAAAAUAGCUACUUAACACAUUAUUUUUCAACUUUAAUUUGGUAUUUUACAAAUGACUACCUCAUUCUGAGGUUACAUAUUCUGUUUACAUCUGUGGUUAAAACGUAGACAAAUAUACAACCUGUAAGACAAUUAUUAUACUUAAUUAUAGAAUAGAAAUUAAAUUAUGGAUGUUACAACUGUUUUAUUGUACAAUUUUUAUUCUUAAUAAAUAUUUUAAAAUUAUCAAUUUACGAAUAAGGAUUAAGCAACCUCAGCAAGAUACGUCGAAUGAAGUAGGUAUGGUGGAAAUCCGUGACUGCAUAAAUAUUACGUCAAAUGUGACAUUAUUUUGUAAUAAUUUAUUUAAAAUAGUUCAAAUUAAAACAAAUUAAGGCAGUGCAUUAAUUUUUUAACUGAUUUCUGUGUAAUUUGUUUAGGUAUAAGGAAUUUAAAUUGAUUAGUAUUAAUUAAAUACAGUUUAAAAUUUAUAAUUUAUUAUAACAAAUCUUCGUUUGGAAAUUGUGAUUAUUUUUAGCAAAAACUGUGGUUGUAGAAAAAGUAUAGUGUCUAACGCGUGCAGAAAGGUAAUUUCUCACUUCGUUCGUAACUUUUUAAACUCAUGAGAAAUUAGUACCUUUCUGCACUUGUUGCACAAUAUACUAUUUUAACAUAACAAGUAAAUAAAAAUAUUAUAAAAUAGAAAUUUGUUUUAAGUUCGUAUUUAAAUUCGCAUUGUGAGAUUUUUUCUCUACGCGCGACUACUUACGUGACAGAAGUGAGCGCGACUACUCCCGAGUUAAAGCACAAUAUUUUUUUGUUCAAACUUGACACACAGUUUACACAUGUUAGGAUACUUUAACUAGUGUUAAAAGAUAGUUUUUCGAUGUUACCAGAGUCGUGUUGUAGGGAUAUAUACUUCCUUUUCGCCCCUUUACCCCCCUUACAAACUACGCCACUGUCAUAAUAAUCAUUUCAGCAUGUUUUUUUGAUUCUUCGUUACUUUUUACGUAAAUAUCAUCCUUUUGUCUCAAUACGAUAGAGUAAGUAGUUUUCAAGUUAUUUGCGUUUUAAUGUAAUGAAUUCAAUAUGAUUAUGUAUUUUAAACAUAUAAUCUUAUUGAACGUAGUUUAAAAUACAUAGUUUUAUGGAAUCCAUUAUCUUUAAAUGCAAAUAACUUAAAAACUGCUUAUUCUAUCGCAAUGAGACCAAAGGAUGAUAUUUAUGUAAAAAGUAACAAGGAAUAAAAAACUCGGUAUAAUAUCUCUACAGCAAGCCUCUGGUAACAUCGGAAAACUAUUUUUUAACACUAGCUAGGGAGCGUUCAAGUAUUACGUAACGCGAUUUUUGAAGAUUUUUGACCCCUUCCCCCCCCUACGUAACGCACCCUAAUGGGCGUUUAACUAUUGCGUAACGCAAUUUUUGAAGAUUUUUGCCCCCCCCCCCCAACCUGCGUUACGUAAUACUUGAACGGCCCCCUAGAGUAUCCUAACAUGUGUAAACUGUUUGUUAAGUUUGAACAAAAUAUAUUGGAAAGGGUUAAAACAAUGGGAUAAAAUCAUUUUAGAAUAUUUGUAAUAAAACACUGUAUUUCGGUAAGGAGAAAUAUUUUAUUUAAGUGUUUUGUGUUUUGUGCUAAGGUUUCUCCAGUUACUAUAUGGACAAUUCUUAAUGAAACACCCUGUAUAUUAUAUAUAAAUAUAUUAUACUACUUAGUAAAUAAUAAAAACAAAUCUGAAGUGUCAACACCGCAACUGUCAAAUAAGUGUUACCAAUUUAUGCGAAAAUGCCAAAUGCCACCUUCGUUCGAUUGCAGUUGAAUCGGUCAUUAUGAAAAGGGGUCAUCUCCACUUUUUUAACAUUUGUACUUUCUGUCGAAUUUGUAUUUAAUACACAUAAACACGUCUAUUCCAAAGGAAAAGAAAGGAAAAGCGGUAGGACCAGAUGAUAUUC